GCGAGCAAUAGCGAUCAAGUGGAGCACGGCGUUGGUGGAGCCACCCAGAGCCAUGGUAACUGUAAUAGCGUUCUCGAACGCCUCGCGGCUCAGAAUGUCAAGAGGCUUAAUAUCCUUCUCCAGAAGCACCUUAAUCGCCUCACCGGCUUGGUGGCACUCGCUCUGCUUCUCAGGCGAGUCAGCAGGGAAACUGGACGAGAACGGCAGACUCAGACCCAGCGUCUCGAUAGCCGUAGCCAUCGUGUUGGCCGUGUACAUACCACCGCACGCGCCAGCACCAGGGCAAGCGUGACGAAUGAUAUCGUGACGCUCCUCUUCCGUGAUACGACCGGCAAUGUACUCACCGUACGCCUGGAAGGCCGAGACGACAUCCAGGGUCUCACCCUUAGAGCUGCAGCCAGCACGGAUUGUACCACCGUACACCAUCAACGACGGACGGUUCACACGAGCCAUAGCAAUCACACACCCAGGCAUGUUCUUGUCGCAACCGGGGAUACAAAUGUUCGCGUCGUACCAUUGGCCGCCCAUAACCGUCUCGAUCGAGUCGGCGAUCAGGUCACGCGACUGCAGACUGUAGCUCAUGCCAUCAGUGCCCAUACUGAUGCCGUCGCUCACACCGAUUGUGUUGAAACGCAGACCCACGAGACCAGCGGCGUUCACGCCCUUCUUCACCUCGCCGGCAAGAUCCAGCAGGUGCAUGUUGCACGGGUUGCCCUCCCACCACAUGGAGGCGAUACCCACCUGGGGUUUGUCCAUGUCUUCCUCAGUCAUGCCAGUGGCGUACAGCAUGGCCUGCGAGGCGCCACGAGCCUUGGGCUGCGUGACAGUGGCGCUGUAGCGGUUGAUACGCACACCAUCAGCGGCCUUGGGGCUGUCGCCUCCGGAGGUGGCAAAGGUUCGCUGUAGCAGCGUCUUGCGCAUGGGCGAGGAGGCGCCCGUACGCUGCAUGGUCUUGCUCAGCAUCUUGCGGUCUUAAAAGCUAUGAGCGGUCGGAUCGAAGAGUGAGCGCCGAUGGAGGUGCUUGGGGCUGAGAGCUGCUGAUGCUGGUGGUGCAGGGCGCAACCUAAAUAUGGUUGCGCAAGCGUUUGCGCAACUUUAGCAGGGAACUGAAUGACAGGAUUGGCUGAAAAAGGGACGCCAAAAGAUUUUUCCUGUUGUGUGACUGAUCAAAAGUCUGCACCUCUCUAAACUGAUCGCACACGUUGAAGUGAGACUUGGCAAAAGCCGAAACGUCACACUACCAUUCUCGUGUUGAGCCGACGCAACGUAGCAACCUGGCGGACGACUACGACUUGGAGGGUGUGACGGCGCGGUUGGAAGCCAUGAAGGCCAGGAGGGAGAAAUGGCACAACCGAAAGGCCGACGAAUUGGAGAAACAACAAUUAUCAGAACGAGAAAUCACUUGUGGAUUUGAAUUGGCACCGGCUGAUCUUUCGAGUGGCGGGUCGGAUGCAGACUGCAAUGACGGCUAUCAAUCUAGCAGCACUAGCUCAUUGCCCAGUGACGAGGAUAAAGUGGUGACGUCGUAUUCGCAGGCACAGAAAGAUAAAAGCAGAGGGAGGGCACGGAAGCUUAGAGUAACAGACAGUCUUGAUCUCUCCAUGUCGGUGGCGACAUCGAGUAGAUCAUCACGUCAGGCCGAAACAAUGCAUAGUGACCGCACUAAAUCACAAGCAACGCAUUCAAAAUUACUAGGCAAGGGUCCGACAUAUAACGGUGACAGCAACCAGAAGUCGUCUAAUGCACUGCUAAAAAACAAUCCUACUUGCAAACCCUCAAGAAUACCGAAGCUUGUGCAACAACGUCGCCAGCUGCAGGGUCUGCGUGCUGUUGCAUCAGGAGGAUAUUUGCAAGCACCGAUGUCGGCAGUGGGUUCCAACGGUCCAACUACUAAGUGGCAGCAUAAAACGCUAACGUCUGGACAUUGUUUCAGCCCUCCAGACGCAUCAAAAAAGGAGACAUUGCCGCACUCUACACGAUCUCCAAUUCGUGACGUACCGAAGCGGAGCAGCUCGAUCUCUUUCAAGAAAGAAAAGACAAAUAAUUGCGAUGGAGAUCUUGAAGAAAUUGGUUCUACCACUGCUGAAGAGCAGCGACUGCUCCAAUCUUUGGAAAAGCUCGAUCGACGAUUGUCAAAUGUCAGUAACUCGGCUGUAUCUGUACGCGAAGGUGGCGAACAGACCUCACACAAUGAACGAAGCCUGAAAGAUGAUUCUAUUCGGGCUCGACACGCCACUGAAAACCACCCGAGCACAGUGUAUGCCACUAACGAGAAUGAAAUCGAUGUCAACACGUUACGAGCUGCAGCGUAUGGGGGAGGUACCCACUGUAAAAUCCGUCAGCCGUCAUCGGUAUCUGUGCGCUCGUCCUCAGCGAAGCGUGCUGAGCUUUCCAGUGGUUUUCACAAAUCUCGAGUUCGAGUAGGUGGUGCAUUCAUGAACGAUACUCACCAAAACAGCCAUACAGACGGAAGCGGGAAGCACAAAAUUGUGGUGAAAAAGGAUCUGGCACAUUUGCUUUUCUAAAAAGACAGAACCUUGAAUUCAUUU